GGACUGGAUGAUUAUUAGGCUGAAGAAGCUGAAAGGGGGCAGGAAAAGAACUGGAGGCAGCAUUCUUCCUAUUUAAAGCUGCAUCACUUGAGGGGGGAAAAGUGUUUGCAGGCUGCGCAAGAGCCAGAGCUGCUUAAAAAGAAAAGGCAAGCAAGAGAGGCGCUUGCAGAUUUUCCGUGUGUCCUGUGGGAGUGCUAAAAGAAAAGAGCUGGCUUUAUGAUGUCCAUAUGAUCUUCUUUUGUACACUUUUUGUUUUGCACUUUUCCUCCAAGGAGGAUAUACAUGUCUAAUAUUUAGACAUGAUGGCCAUCUGGACCCAAAGAAGAACGUUUGUCAUUCUUAUUGCUUUUCUAGGACAUUUGGGGACGAUACGAACACAAGAAGAGGACGAGUUUGAAGGGGACUUAGAAGAAGAAGAAGAAAUCGCCUGCACUCAGAAUAACCAGGUGUACCUGAAUAGGGACAUCUGGAAACCUACAGAAUGCAAGAUUUGUGUGUGUGACAAUGGAGCCAUUCUGUGUGAUGAUAUUCAGUGUCUUGAAAUACUAGAAUGUGAAAACCCACGAGUUCCCCCUGGAGAGUGUUGUCCUACGUGCCCAAACACAGCCCGAACUGGAUUUGAAGGUUCUAUCGGUAGAGGACUAAAGGGUCAAAAAGGAGAACCUGGAGUAGUACCAGUGGUUACAGGUAUACGAGGACGGCCGGGACAAUCUGGACCGCCAGGCUCACAAGGACCAAGAGGAGCUCGAGGACCCAAAGGAAGACCGGGUGCCCGUGGCCCUCCAGGAAUGGAUGGGGAACCUGGUGUACCUGGACAACCUGGUGACCCUGGACCACCUGGACAACCAUCCACAGGACCAGAUGGCAUAGGCAGACCAUUUACAUCUCAGAUGGCAGGACAAGACGAGGCCUUUGCACAUAUGAUGAUGCCUGGUCCAGUGGGUCCUGUGGGUCCAAGAGGAGCUCCAGGUAAUCAUGGGAAACAAGGUCCUAUUGGGCCCCCAGGUGCUCCAGGUGAAGUUGGUGACCCAGGAGCCAUGGGUUCACCUGGUGUUCGUGGCCCAGAAGGUCCUCCAGGAAAGCCUGGUGAAGAUGGUGAAUCUGGCAGACCAGGACAACCUGGGGAAGUUGGAUUUCCAGGAUCUCCAGGAGCUCGAGGUUUUCCUGGUACACCAGGUCAUCAAGGUCUAAAGGGCCCUAGAGGAGAGAAAGGACUUGAUGGCCCUAAAGGUGAAAUUGGAGCCCAUGGAUCUAAGGGAGAAUCAGGUCCAUCAGGGCAGAUGGGUGCAACAGGUCCUAUGGGUCCCCGAGGGAUGGCAGGAGAAAGAGGUCGAAUUGGACCACAGGGUGUUCCAGGGGCUCGUGGUUCACAUGGUAUGCCUGGGAAACCAGGACCAGCGGGUCCUCUCGGUAUACCUGGUUCAGCAGGUUUUCCUGGCAUACCUGGCAUGAAGGGUGAAGCUGGUCCCACAGGUGCACGUGGUCCUGAAGGUCCUCAAGGACCAAGAGGAGAUACGGGCGCCCCAGGUCCCCCAGGAUUAUUUGGUCUUCCUGGUGCCUUAGGUACAGAUGGUUCCACAGGUACAAAAGGGCCUUCUGGAUCUCCAGGAACUUUAGGUCCACCUGGCUUACCAGGUCCACUUGGUUCUCCAGGACCACAAGGCAGCACAGGUCCUCCUGGCAUUCGAGGACAAAUGGGAGAUCCUGGUGUUCCAGGUUUCAAAGGAGAAGCUGGACCCAAAGGAGAGCCAGGUCCCCAUGGCCUCCAAGGACCAAUUGGACCUGUUGGUGAAGAAGGGAAAAGAGGUCCUCGUGGUGAUCCAGGAUCAGUUGGUAUUCCUGGACCUGUUGGAGAAAGGGGUCCUCCUGGUAACCGUGGCUUUCCAGGAUCUGAUGGUUUGCCAGGACCAAAGGGAGCUCAAGGGGAACGUGGUCCUGCGGGGGCUUCAGGCCCUAAAGGAAGCCAAGGGGAUCCUGGUCGCAUGGGUGAACCUGGUCUGCCAGGUGCCAGGGGUCUGACAGGAAAUCCAGGGGUCUCAGGUCCAGAAGGAAAACUUGGUCCCUUGGGUGCUCCAGGAGAAGAUGGUCGGCCAGGCCCUGCAGGUCCAAUUGGAAUUAGAGGCCAGCCAGGCAGCAUGGGUCUUCCUGGACCAAAAGGGAGCAGUGGGGAUCCUGGAAAACCUGGAGAAGCAGGAAAUGCUGGUGUCUCAGGACAGAGGGGGGCACCUGGAAAAGAUGGUGAAGUUGGCCCCGCUGGUCCUGUUGGGCCCCAUGGACCAGCAGGAGAAAGAGGAGAACAAGGUCCUCCAGGUCCCACAGGUUUUCAGGGUUUACCCGGUACCCCAGGGCCUCCAGGAGAAGGGGGAAAACCAGGUGAUCAGGGUGUUCCUGGUGAUCCCGGAGCUCUAGGUCCCUUAGGUCCAAGGGGAGAGCGUGGCCAUCCAGGUGAAAGAGGAAACCCAGGAUCAUCUGGUCUUCAGGGGGAAAAGGGUAUGGCUGGAGGUCAAGGUCCUGAUGGUCCAAAGGGAAAUCCAGGCCCUUCAGGAGCAUCAGGAGAUCAAGGCCCACCUGGUCUUCAGGGAAUGCCUGGAGAGAGAGGCCUGGCUGGAACACCUGGCCCCAAGGGCGAUCGGGGCAGCAUAGGAGAAAAAGGAGGCGAAGGCACAGCUGGCAACGAUGGGGCCAGAGGUCUCCCAGGUCCAUUAGGCCCAAAUGGCCCUGCAGGUGCGGCUGGUGAAAAGGGUGAACCUGGUCCUCGAGGUUUAGUUGGCCCUGCUGGCUCUCGUGGAAAUCCUGGUUCCCGUGGUGAAAAUGGCCCAACUGGCCCAGUUGGCUUUGCUGGCCCUCAGGGCCCUGAUGGUCAACCUGGUGUGAAAGGUGAACCUGGGGAGCCUGGGCAGAAAGGAGAUGCUGGAUCCCCAGGACCUCAAGGUCUUUCAGGUUCUCAUGGUCCACCAGGCCCUCCUGGAGUUCAUGGACUCAAAGGAGGCCGUGGUACAAAAGGACCCCCUGGUGCUACAGGUUUUCCUGGAUCUGCUGGAAGAGUUGGACCCCCAGGACCUACAGGAGCUCCUGGUCCAGUUGGGCCUCUUGGUGAACCAGGGAAAGAAGGUCCUCCAGGUGUUCGUGGAGAUCCUGGUGGUCAUGGUCGAGUAGGAGAUAGAGGUCCAGCAGGACCAUCUGGUGGUCCUGGAGACAAAGGAGACUCAGGAGAAGAUGGACAACAUGGUCCUGAUGGCCCCCCAGGUCCAUCUGGAACUACUGGGCAGAGAGGUAUUGUGGGAAUGCCCGGCCAGCGUGGAGAGAGGGGCAUGCCUGGUCUGCCAGGCUCUGCAGGAACUCCUGGAAAACAAGGUCCAACUGGACCAACAGGGGACAAGGGUCCUUCUGGGCCUAUUGGUCCUCCAGGUGCUUCUGGGCCAGUGGGUGAAGCAGGGCCAGAGGGUCCUGCUGGUAAUGAUGGCACUCCUGGGCGAGAUGGAGCUGUUGGUGAAAGGGGUGAUCGUGGUGAGCCUGGACCUACAGGACUUCCUGGUUCUCAGGGCAUUCCAGGUACCCCAGGGCCAGUUGGAUCUCCAGGGGAUGCGGGACAAAGAGGUGAACCAGGUUCACGAGGCCCAGUAGGUCCUCCUGGCCGUGCUGGAAAACGAGGUUUACACGGUCCCCAAGGUCCUCGUGGUGACAAAGGGGACAAUGGUGAUCGAGGGGACAGAGGACAGAAAGGUCAUCGAGGUUUCACUGGCCUGCAGGGUCUCCCUGGACCCCCUGGACCUACUGGUGAACAAGGCAGUCCUGGGAUUCCAGGCCCAUUUGGCCCAAGAGGUCCCCCAGGUCCUAUUGGACCUUCAGGUAAAGAAGGAAAUUCUGGACCACAUGGACCGGUUGGACCUCCUGGUGUAAGAGGAACUUUAGGAGAAGCAGGACCAGAGGGCCCUCCUGGUGAUCCUGGUCCUCCAGGCCCACCAGGUCCCCCUGGCCAUCUUACUGCUGCAAUUGGUGACAUUAUGGGACAUUAUGAUGAUGGUCUAGCAGACCCACUACCAGAGUUCACUGAAGAUGAAGCUGCUCCAGAUGACAGCAAUAAAACAGAUCCCGGAGUCCAUGCCACAUUGAAGUCACUGAGUAGCCAGAUUGAAACCAUGCGCAGCCCUGAUGGAUCCAAGAAGCACCCAGCCCGUACUUGUGAUGAUUUAAGAUCAUGUCAUCCAUCCAAAAAGAGUGGAGAAUACUGGGUUGACCCUAAUCAGGGCUGUGUAGAAGAUGCAAUUAAAGCAUUCUGCAAUAUGGAAACAGGAGAAACGUGUAUAGCUGCAAAACCAGCUAUUAUUCCACGUAAAACAUGGUGGACAAGUAGGUCAUCUGAUCUAAAACCAAUAUGGUAUGGACUUGAUAUGAACAGAGGUUCACAGUUCAUUUAUGGCGAUAAUCAAUCACCCAACACAGUGAUCACGCAAAUGACUUUCCUGCGCUUACUCUCCAAAGAGGCCUCUCAGAAUAUCACCUACCAUUGCAAAAACAGUAUAGGUUACAUGGAUGACCAAGCUAAGAAUCUGAAGAAGGCUGUGGUGCUGAAGGGAGCCAAUGACCAUGAUAUCCGAGCUGAAGGAAGUAACCGUUUUAGAUACACUGUCAUUUCUGACACUUGCUCUAAACACAAUGGGAAUGUGGGCAGCACAAUCUUUGAAUACAAAACACAGAACGUGGCACGAUUACCUAUCAUUGAUAUUGCCCCAGUAGAUGUUGGAGGUGCAGACCAAGAAUUUGGAGUAGAGAUUGGACCAGUUUGUUUUGUGUAAAAAAGUAAAGAAGCAAAUAAAACGGGGUGUUCAUCACCAUAUUUUUCUUUUCCAUGGAGCAUGUGGCUACAAGACUAGUUCAUCAGUUGGCUUCUUUGUUGAAGACCUCUGUUCUCCUGUUUCUUGAUUGUUUGUUUGUUUUUCUAAAUAAACACAUGCACACAAACACACAAAAGAAAAGCCAUACGCAUAGCUUUAUUCAUGUAUCUUUGCAAAGCAUUUAAUUAAAUACAAGUUUCAUGUUGA